AGUGAUCUCUGUUUCGCAUGAUUAUAUAUUUGAUUCAGUUUGAAUAAGUACCGUAGCGUGCGCCUUUAAAUUAUGAGCGUCUUCUAUGUGAUGCUGUCUGCUGCUGUAAGUCUUCAUUCUCUCUGCAGCAUCAUCUUGCUGUGCAUCAACUGGUCAGCAGUUAUUGAAGCUGUACUACAGGGCAGCACGCUUCUCCGUACUAUUGAAAGCACCCCGCAGCUCUAUUCUCGUUUCUGUGAGAUCAGCAUCGUCUAAACGAUACCAUCCUGUAAACAACGGAAAUAUUCCGCUGCAUCAUCAGCUGCAUUUCCAAGUUCCAAUGAUGUUCAGCAUCGC